GCCUUCUCUUCUCCCCAAGCGCCGGCGUGUCGAUCAUGUUUUCAAUUCUCGGAUCUAAUCCAGUAAAGUUAAUCACGAGCCGUUGGAACAAACCGACUGUGGAAGUGAGUCCCAGCAACACUUGCUUUUUAAAAGAUGAAGAGGCAGAGCACCACUGCCCUCCUUCAUCCUAUGAAGCUUCGGUUUAUCCCUCUUCCACCCUGGGCCACAUGACAGUGCGGGAUCCUUCGACUUCGACUGGCUUCACCAUUACCAUAGAGAGGUGGAGCCGAAGGUUACACAGAGCCAUCUCCUUUUCCGCAUCACCAUGGCCGGCUCUUUGCCUCUUUAUGAUUGGCGUAUUCUGCUGCUUAUGGGUAACUGGAGCUUUGGAUGCUGCUGGAAAGCAAACAAGGCAGACGGUAUCCACUUGUAUGGAUUUCUUUUCCCUCGUGUGGAUGGGUGCUAACCUUUGUAGACUCUGAUCUGGCAAAACAGGCUGCAGCUGCCCAUCGCCGCAUCAGGCGAAGUGGUGGAGCCCAUGGACAUUGCGGAGAAAGCGAUGAUGAUGAUGAUGACGAUGAGGACGAAUUUGACUAUGAUACGCCGUGGCAUAUAGCUGCUGUCGGGAUCAUCUUC